AUGUCAGGCAAAAAGCAACAAUACAUCUACCUCCCCGAAACAACCCCCCACCUCGCCACAAUCCUCAGCUUCCCAUCCCGAUGCUCCACCUUCCCAGCCCUGUACGAAAAGACCUGCACCGAGAUCAUCGACCUCGCAGCAACAAUCGCCCACUUCGAGCCCGUACGCCUCCACGUCCGACCAGAAGACCAAGACCGAGCCCAGAACCUACUGAACAACCGCCUGGCCAACACAACCACACCCACAGAACAACUUGAAUCCCGCAUCACUCUCAUCCCCGCACCAACAAACCACAUCUGGGUCCGCGAUACUGGCCCCAUGUACGUCCGCAGCGCGAACGACCCCACCAGCCGCCACGCGAUAGACUUCCAAUUCUGCGAAUGGGGCAAUAGCACCGGCGAAUUGAUCUACAAUUCCAGUCCGGAUAAGAAGGGUGCAUUGCCCGAUGGGUCCGACUGGCCGAUUCUAGACGCCGAGCGACGGAGGGAGAACACUGCAUUCGCGGCGCGGGUCUUGGAGCUUGAGGGGGCCGGGGUACCGAGGGUUAUUUCCAAGGUCAGGCUUGAGGGUGGUGGGAUUGAGAUGGAUGGGGAAGGAACGUUUAUGGCUAUGGAGAGUAGUGUGACGGUUCCUUCGAGGAAUGAGGGACUCUCCAAGGUUGAAAUUGAGUCCGAAUUGACGAGAUUACUCGGCGUUAGGAAGUUUAUUUGGAUUCCGGGUCGGGAGGGGUUGGAUAUUACGGAUUAUCAUAUCGAUGCUGAGGCGAGGUUUAUUCGGCCUGGUGUUGUCGUUGUUGGGAAACCGCAUGCGAAGUGUAAGAAGGUCUUUUGGGAUGUUUAUUACGAGAUGCGCCAGAUCUUGGAUACGGCAGUCGAUGCGCGCGGGAGAAAGCUUGAUGUUAUUGAUAUUGAGGAGCCGGAUCCGACGCUUUUGCAGGGUGAUGUUCCUGGGGAGGAGACGGAUGUUGCGGCUUCGUAUGUGAAUUUCUACUUCACGAAUGGCGGGUUGGUGAUUCCUGCUUUUGGGGAUGUUGAGAUGGAUCGUCGGGCUCUGGAGACGCUGCAGAUGUUGGUUCCUGAGAGGGAAGUUAGGCAGGUUGCCGUGAACGCGUUGCCCAGGACUGGGGGUGUGUUGCACUGCACAACGCAACAGGUACUAUGA